AUGAGGGCCUCGGAUGAACAGUCUAGUGCUUGCAUGGCAAUCCCUGAGCUUGGUGCUACAGUUAAACUUACUUUAAACCAGUACUCCCAAAGCCUCUAUCAUGGUUUCCUUGGCAAUCCCAAGCAUCCCAAGCAUCACACCAGAGAUGCCAAGAUGCGAGGAGUGUUGGGGAAAGAGCCCUUUGGAAACAAAUUCUCUAUUGAUAAGCUCAACAAGGCUUCAAUUAACAUGCUGAGGAUUGUGGAACCAUACAUUGCAUGGGGGUACCCCAAUCUGAAGUCAGUAAAUGAGCUCAUCUACAAACGCGGCUAUGGCAAAAUUCAUAAGAAGAGAAUUGCCUUGACAGAUAAUUCCUUGAUUGCUCGAUCUCUUGGUAAAUAUGGCAUCAUCUGCAUGGAGGAUCUAAUUCAUGAGAUCUACACAGUUGGAAAACGCUUCAAGGAAGCGAAUAACUUCCUGUGGCCCUUCAAAUUAUCUUCUCCACGAGGUGGAAUGAAGAAAAAGACAACUCAUUUUGUGGAAGGUGGAGAUGCUGGCAACAGGGAAGACCAGAUAAACAGGCUUAUUAGACGGAUGAACUAAGGUAUUGCCUAUGGUAUUUUUGUAAUCUGGUCAGUUAAUAAACAGUCACAGCCUGGCAAA